AUGAUCUUCAAUAAAUCCGGGGCUUUUAUUGACCUUACAUGUACUUAUGAGGCUAAAAAUGACUGGCUGUUUUCUGACCAAACACGAAUUGUUUUUACCAUCUGCAUUUCUCAACUCAGUACUUCUCAUUUUAUAUUUCAAGGCCUUACUGUUCUCUCCAUGAUCCGAGGCAUGUCAGUGCCUUGUGCUCUUGCACGAAACACCCGUCAGUUACUACUGAACCAUGGAAUACGUUGCAUUUCAAACCCGCGUCCUGGAUAUGAGUCUGGAAGUAGACGAUCCGUGACGACAUACCAAGCAGCCGUCGCUGCACCGACCCAGUCUGACAAAGGCUCUUCGUCUACUGAUUCGACUCAUAAAUUCAGUUUUCCGCCUGAAUUCGAUGUGGUCGUCGUUGGUGGCGGUAUUGUUGGAAGUGCUACAGCUCGACAGCUGAAGAUAGAACAUCCUAAUCUUAGAAUAUGCAUGCUUGAAAAGGAGAGUAAGUUAGCUGCACAUCAAAGCGGUAACAAUAGUGGUGUUAUACAUGCUGGAAUCUACUAUACUCCUGGAAGUCUCAGGGCCAAGCUAUGUGUCGAAGGCAUCGACCUUGCCUACGAGUUUCUUCGCGAAAAUAAGGUUCCACAUAAGAAAAUUGGUAAACUAAUUGUAGCUGUAGAUCAAGAGGAAAUACCAAGAUUAGAGGUCCUUUACGAAAGAGCUAAGAAAAACGGAUGCAAAAAUAUCGAGAUGGUUGAUGGAAAGAGAAUUCAGGAGAUACAACCACAUUGCAGGGGGUUAAAAGCUCUAUGGUCACCGCAUACGGGAAUUGUCGAUUGGGGAGAGGUGACCAGAGCAUUUGCAGCCGAUUUUGAAAAACGAGGUGGAACGGCUUUCGUCAACUACGAAGUAAAGAACAUUACUAAAUCAACGCAUCCUAAAUAUCCAAUCGCUCUACGUUCGGGUUGGGAGAACUCAGUAAUUCUCACAAAAUAUCUGGUCACUUGCGGUGGUUUGCAUUCGGAUCGUAUAGCGCAAAUGACUGGUUGUAGCGUAUCUCCAAAAAUUGUACCAUUCCGAGGAGAAUACUUGUUAUUAAAGUCAAGUAAAAAGGAUCUGAUCAAGACCAACAUUUAUCCUGUUCCUGAUCCCAGCUUACCUUUCCUUGGAGUGCAUUUUACCCCUAGAAUGAACGGAGAUGUUUGGAUGGGUCCAAAUGCUGUGCUUGCUUAUAAACGUGAAGGAUAUAGUUAUUUCUCAAUUUCGCCAAAGGAUUUGUCCGAAGCACUUUUGUAUAGUGGAAUGCGAAAAUUAAUGACUAAACAUUUUAAAUAUGGGAUGAGUGAACUGUAUCGUGGAAUAUUUAUUGGCGCUCAAGUGAAACGACUCCAAAAGUUCAUACCCGAACUAAGACGAAGUGAUGCGAAAAGGGGUCCCUCUGGUGUACGAGCACAAGCUAUGGAUGACGAUGGUAAUUUAGUCGAUGAUUUUGUAUUUGAUAGUGGCAGCGGCGAGUUGUCAAAGCGGGUGCUUCAUGUUCGCAAUGCCCCAUCUCCCGGUGCCACGUCAAGUAUGGCUAUAGCUAAAAUGAUAGCGAAAGAAGUCCACACCCGAUUUGGUAUUUGAUGCUGCCGAAAUUUUAUGACAUUCCAUGUGAUAAUGACUACUUUGACAUCGACAUCGCAUAUGAAUCGCUAGUUUAAUAUUGAGAUG